UCUUUAUUUUUUUUUCUUUUCUUUUUUUUUUUUUUUUUUUUUUUUUUGGAGCUGGGGACCAAACCCAGAGCCUUGCGCUCGUUAGGCAAGCGCUCUACCGCUGAGCUAAAUCCCCAACCCCAAAGGUAGUGUUUCUUAAGAUUUCUGCUUAUUCAAUCAGAGCUUUCAGGGACUAAGCCACUACCUAAAGACUAUACAUGGACUGACCCUGGACUCUGACCCCAUAGGUAGCAAUGAAUAUCCUAGUAAGAGCACCAGUGGAAGGGGAAGCCCUGGGUCCUGCUAAGACUGAACCCCCAGUGAACUAGUCUAUGGGGGGAGGGCGGCAAUGGGGGGAGGGUUGGGAGGGGAACACCCAUAAGGAAGGGGAGGGGGGAGGGGGAUGUUUGCCCGGAAACCGGGAAAGGGAAUAACACUCGAAAUGUAUAUAAGAAAUACUCAAGUUAAUAAAAAAAAAUUCAUAGUAGUAAAUACCUAGGCAAUUAUUGUGCAAAAUAUAUAGGACUCAUAAAUUGUACCUCUUGAAGAAAAUAUACAGAAAUAAAGUUAGAUAGUGUGGAAGUUUCUCUUCCAUACAAAGUUUCUUAUAAUGGUGGAAAAAAAAAAAAGAUUUCUGCUUAUUGAUAAAAUUUGUAGCCUGAACUGGUUUCUCUUAGACUUAUGCUAUGACAUUAUGCCUGUGCCACUGUCGGUUUACUUUAAAGAGAAGUAUGUUUGUUCAUUAAGCUUUGUGGUGGUAGUAAGGUUAAAUGUCCUGGGUUCUCACUGUUUCAGAAUAGGUUGAUUUGAUGUAGAAGUGUGUCUGUGUUUGUUCGCACAUCUUAGCUGUGUGUUCGUUAAUUGUAUUUUCACAGCAGCUCUAUCGAGUGUGCGUUGCACACGCAGCAUGGAUAGAACUGCCACAUGGUGGGUUAUGAAGGACUCAGGGCACAUUCUGUACAGCAAAUGGAGUUGCUGACUGCAUGAUGAAGGAGUUUCACUGUGAGACUGGGGAUGGUUGUUCCCCAAUCCCAGAGACUGGGGCUUAUAGAGUCUAAGUUCCUUUACUAUUGCGGGGACUCCAGUCUAGCAUGGUGGAGAAGGGACGGCGGCAGGGACAUGAAGCAGCUAGUCGCACUGUAGCCGUGCAAGCCACUUUACCCGAGCAGAGGGCAGAGACUCAGCCCUGUGCUCCGCUCCAUCUUCUCCAUUUUGCCCUUGCUCCUGAAACAGUGCUGCCCACUGUGGGCCUUUCCACUCCAGCUGACCCAGUGGAGGAGCACUUCCUCGCCGAGACUCCCUUCUCAGGUGCUUCCUUGUGUCAAGCCAGCCACCACUGAGUCCCAAUUUGCUUAGCUACAUUAGGAUUUAGCAUAGAAUUUAAGAGUUGCGUUGUCAAGAGCUGCCUGUGACAUGGGGGCACAAGCCUUUAACACCAGUACUCAGGAGGUAGGGGCAGAGAGAUCUCUGUGACUUAGAGGCUAGCCUGGUCUACAUAGAGAGUUCCAGGACAGCCAGGGCUGUUACACAGAGAAAUCCCGUCUUGUACUAACCACCCCCACCCCCCCAGAAAAAAAAAAAAAAGAAUUGCAUGGUCAGGGUUCAUGCAGCAGCCCCACAUCCUGUUUUUCAUGGUGGGGCAAUUCUAAGAACCAGGGGUGACCCAAGUCCUGAUCUAAUGGAGCUAACUUUCCCUUGCAGGAAGAUGGCGACAAUAAAAUUAUUUGCUUAAAAGUGGAAAUAAAUCCAGUUAAUGGUAAUGAUUACUAAGAAAAAAUCUAAAGCGAGGCUGUGGUAGGACAUACUGGGAAAGGGACUUACAGUUUUGCAGUAAGAAAUCGUGUCCGAGAGAAUGUGCUGAAGUGACAGUGUGGCCAUGCAGGGCCGCCCUCCAGCUGUCAGGGGAAAAGUAUACAGCAAUCACAGAAACCUAGAGAACACCAGCCUGUUGGAGACUAACAAGGAGCCACAGGCUUGAGCAGAGGGCAGAAGGGAGGAAUGAAGCCAGAAGCCUAGUGGAUGCUAGUAAGGGUCUACAUAGGAAGGAGGAGGUGGACAGAGUGAUUUGAUCAGAAGAGCAGCAGGACCUGACUUAACGUGUUCAGGCUGACUGUAAUUCCAAAGAUGGGUCAGAGAGAAGGAAGUACCAUAGCCCUUCACUGUUCCCGAGGAUAUAAUCCAAGACCUCCAAGAAUGUCUGGAACCUUGGAUAGUACCAGGUCCUUUAUAUGAGGUGCUAUUUCCCCUUAUAUGCUUGUACAUGAUAAAAUUACUUAACAGGGGACACUGAAAUUUAGCCCCAGCACGGGGAACCAGGCCUCCAUUACCUGAGCCUUUGGGGGACACUUCCUAUCCAGACCAUAGUAGGUAUGGCUAAAGGCAUUGAGACUGCGUGACUAAGGAACUGAACGUUGAUGUGACUGAGAGAGAACAUUAAAGGACAUAAGGAGAAACUGGAAUAGUUGAGGGAAAGGGGUAAGAGUGGAGUGCAGGGAGAAAGGGACUGGCUGUGUUACCCGCUCACUGGAUGAGCCCCACGAUGGACGUGAGAGUGGCAGGUGACAAGAUGGUCGUAAGAACAAGGUCGGGUGCUUGCCAUAGAACAGAGGCAGGUAAGGCUUUGAGGCGUCACAGCCCUGCUUGAAUGGAGUGGAGUGCAAACAGACACAAACAGCAACGUGUUACAUGCAAGAGCUGCUUCGCCUGCCGUAGUUGAAACCAUGUUUGUUUACAUUGUAAAGUGAUAUACCUGGCUGCAGUAACUGCACUCUGCAGCUCUCAGCAUUCUUCUGGGAUUCAUAGAUAAUUGUUUAAAGUCUCUCAUCUAAAUUAGCACUUUAGUGAGCUACAAGAAGAGUGAUAUGGGAAGUAAGGAGAAGGAGUGAAUUGGAGCAGAAGCCUGUGGUAAUGGAAUAGGAAAUGAGUAACCAGGGAUCGGAGUGUGUUCUGAGUAAGAGCAGUGGGGAGGACCGUGUCAGACGCUGGCCUUGAAGCUGGCUGAAGAGCCUUAGCAACAGUUGUGCCCAAAGAUUUCUCCCUGUGUGGCCCCUAAAGGCCACAGCAGAGACUGAAGGAUAUAAAAGAAAUAUCCACACGGUGAGGGAAUGGGGACUCUGGACGGUCAGAGGUGCAUUAGGAUCAGGGGGUGGGACUUGAAGUCCAGGAAGGGCAGCUAAGAUGGUGGUGCAGCCUGAGGGCCUCCCAGAUGUAUCUGUUUCUGAAGUGGUGGUCCACACCUACAUCACCUGAUAACCUGUAACUAAAAGCUCAGCUCAGCUCAGUACAGAUAGAAGAGAAGCCGUGUAGGAGGGCUUGUUUGGAUGAGUGAGUGUUGCUGGACAGACAGGCAAAGGCCAAGGACACGUUUACAAGCUGUCUUGAACCUGAAGCAAGCUUUAAAUUGUCUCGGUCUCUUCUUAUGCCUCUGUGGCUUAAGAUACAAAACAUUUAUGAUUCAUUCAUUUUCCAGAAUCCAAAACUUGUGCAUUCUGGGAUAUAAUUUGUCCCAUGAACUCAAAAAUAAGAAACUUGUUAUAGUAUUUGGAGUCCAUGAGAUCAUCGUCUUUUGAAAGCAUCUUAAAGAACAAUUCUCGUGUCAUAAUGACCUUUUCUUGAGUGCCAGAACAAAAGCUCAAAGUAGCAGUUAUUCAGAGUUUAAAUAAAGAAUUGUUCAGUAUUACCGUUUGUCGUGUCUCUAAUGACAGGCCAUACAGAACAUUUACCAUUCUUGCCGGUCUCCUUAGUAUCAGUCAGAGGGUAAAUGACAAGAUGUGGCUUUAGGAGAUAGUGAGUAAGUAUGGAAGUGUGUAUGUAAAGCAGCUAGGAGCUUUAGCUCCUGGGGUCUGAGUCUUCACUGGAUGGUUCGUCCAGGAGGCGGUAUUAUUCAGCAGAGGACACGCCCUGGAAGACAGUGGGCCUGAGUGUAGUUGUUGCAGGGUGCACUCUGCAGUCGAUGUGCUCUUUUCCUGUGUUGUCACCCUGACCUUUGAGCUUUCUGAGCAGUCCGUAAAGAUAGUUCCUGAGUGGAGGCUGCAGAGACGGCUCUGUGGCUAAGAGAGAAGUCUGCUCUUCAGGACCCACUUAUGUGAGGUGGCUCAAAGCCUUCCGUAACUCCAGCUCCAAGGGAUCCUGCACCUCCGACCUCUCUUCACACACGCACAGAACUACCCCCACCAUCUAUCCAUAAUUCCUGGGAGCUGAUCCGGAACUUGUCCCCGUCUCUGAAAGAUCCUGCAGAGCACUCUGGGAGACUGAACCCGCCCAUCGUCUCCCUUGCUAGGAGAGGCUGUGUAUGGGCUGCCUCUGAGUCAGACAGAGACUCACUCUGACUCGUCCCUCUUCCACUUGAAAGUAUUCUGCUGGGGAGACUCUGGGAAUUGCUGGGUCUGCUUUGCCUCAGGUACAGGCAUUCUCUACUUCCCACCCCACCAUGGUUUCCUAAGCGACAGCAGCAUGUACAAGAUUCAGCUAAAACCUAACUUCUUCCUUUACUAGUCUUACUACAUUGUGUGGGCUUGGAAAUGUAGGGAGGUGAAAAACCCACAUUUUCUUCUUACAUCCAGAUCCCCGAAUUCAUCCUCCCUUCACUAGGCAUCAAAAGAUGACCCCCUACAUCUUAUUGUCAAGAGAGAAGAGAGCCCAGCUCCCUGUAAAGCCUCAGACACUUCCUUUCAAUCCUAGAGGCUUCAGCUUUAAAACAGCCAACACCUGUAGGUAGGUCCUUCUCCCAGUUCAGGGCCAUUUAGCUAAUGCUGUUAGCAUCUGUUGGGGAAGUUGUCUGCUCAUCCCUCUGCAGUUAUGUGUAAGUGUGUGCAGCCAACGGACCAAGGCCACCACAUGGCCUGUUGGCUCAGUAGAAAGUGUAAGAGUUGGGUUUUAAGGUAUAUGAAGGCCAUUUGGUAUAGUGAAAAGUACUAUGAUGUGUGUAGCCUCACGGUAGUCAGACGGCCCAGUGACGUCCACUAGACACUCUCCAAGGUUGUGUGACAGAAGAAGUUGCUCCCGUGUUGUUCAGACGGAGGCUUUGCCUGAAGGAUGCCUGCUAAGUGCCUGCUAGCCCCUGUGCAUGAUUCUGUUUUCACACACAAGGCAAGGCGGCCUCCAAAACUAAGCCACGCUGCAGCCCGGAUACCUCACAAGGUGGCGCUGUUGGCUAUGAGAACCGCUGUGAACUCAGCCGUUGUCCAUGAGUAACCCAGGGGCAGGACAGGACGCAGAGGUCCACCUCUCAGGCCCUUAGUGUUCAUGCAGUGUAGUAUAGAUCAUAAACUGGAAAGGACCCCUUUGCAGUUAGAGCUCUUUUUUUUUUUUUUUGGUUCUUUUUUUCGGAGCUGGAGACCGAACCCAGGGCCUUGCGCUUCCUAGGUAAGCGCUCUACCACUGAGCUAAAUCCCCAGCCCCACAGUUAGAGCUCUUAAAUGCAUAAGUACAUAGUAAAGAUUCUAGAAAACAAAAUAUUAGCCUACCCAAACUACCAAGUAGUACUUUUGUGGAAAUUGGACAUUUUAUUUAGACUUAUUUAAAUCUAUUGUCUUUUCUAAAAGUUGAGUUGUGACUAAACUCUAGUCAGUAAAUCAAUAAAAAAAAUUCUAAAUAUUGCUAGAAUACAGUAGACAUCCCUGUUUUAGUGUUGUUAGUUUCUUGUUGGCAGAGGGGAAAUUGGGUAAGGGUUCGUUUGUUAUCUCAGACAGUGAGAAAGGCUUAGGUCAAGUGCAGGAAUCCAGUCACUUCCCGUACACUGGAGGACACUGUCAAAGACUUUGUUAUUGUUGUUCCACAAGAACUUUCUUGUACUCAGUGAUGACAGGGCUGCUUCCUGUGGAGCAGGCCACACGGCUGAGCUUUAUUGUUGUUGAGGUGAGGGGAGUCCAUUUGGAAUGUGAGUACGUGUGCCUGCUCCCUUCCUGAGACCUGCGGUACGGUACGCACGCGUACCCUUGGGUUAGGACCAGUCACUGCUCACUGGGCGGUCUCUGGAUCUAAGUUAGGGUUCUGAGUGCACACUGGCACGGUUCGGUUUCCUGAAGCGCUUGCCUUCUGCUCAUUGCAGUUGUAUUCUAUGUGGAAGUCCCUGGACUCCUUUAUAGGGAUAAGAACAACCAGCACCACAGACUCCAGGUCGGACUCCCUCUCCCCCACACUGCUUCCCUCUCUCUGUGAUGUUAGGUAGGGUAUGCAGUGAGGUCUGAUGGCUCCCCCAUGCCGCCUACUCCCAACAUGCCAGUUUUGCUUAUAGUUUGCUCCAGCGUCCUAGCUUUAAUACCUGCUUCUAAUUGCUCCUCCGUAGGCAUGAUGCCACCAGUGCAUUUGAACCAGGGGAGUAGCACUUUGAUGCUUUCCCAGUGACUUUCAAAAUGAAAGACAAAUCCAUACUGUAUGUACUUGAUUAUUAAUACUGGAUAGAGAAAGACAUGUAAGGUUAUCAGCACAGCCCAUACUAAGACACAGGGCCUUUCCGUUAGAUUCUGGCCAUGAAGCAUUUGAUCCUAGAACUUCUAUACUUCGAUCCAAGGCUGUGAAUUCAGAAUUUGGUAUGUAAACGAGAAGCAUGUUGGAUAGACCUUUCCAUCGAGUCUGGCUCUCAGGCUUCCACCCAAACCUCCUUGCUUGUUAUUUGGCUUUAGGUCACAGCUGAGGCCUGAGGGGGAGCGACCAUCAGUGCUGCACACAGUUCUUACUGACGCUGCACCACCCCUCACGCCUCACAGCACAUGUCUUGGCAAUGCCCACAAGUCUGCCUGUGGACAGGCCUCGUGCUCACUGCCCUUUACAAACAGAGCCCUCGUGAACAGCCAGUGUGCUUUCCCGGGCUUGGCUGCUACUCUAGGCAUUGUGCUUUUACUAUGCCAGCUCUUUUUUCUGGAGGUUUUCCUCCCUACUAGAUGUCACCCCAUUGCUAGAAGCUGCUCUGUUACCAAGGGAUGGAUAUGCCUUGCAAGCUCAUGUCUGCACAGCAGGCCUGGGACAGUACUAACCGCAGACCGAGGACUAGGUCAUACAGCUGGGAAGGAUCCAAGCUGGCUUUACUCCCAGGCGGUGCAGCACCACACACAUCCGGAUGGAGUGGCCAAACUCUGACAGCUUCCAGCAACAAGAAAACGGCUCUACAGUCCUGAGAGCUGCUCCUCACACUGGUCAGACUUCACGUCUCUCCCUCCUGCUUUCUCUGGGAUAGUGCAACCAGCUAACGUGACAUAUUCCAGGCUCAGGGUGUCCGUCCACCACAGACCAUGUCCUACGUUUUUGUGAAUGACUCUUCACAGACUAAUGUGCCCUUGCUUCAAGCUUGCAUCGAUGGGGACUUCACCUAUUCUAAGAGGCUUCUGGAAAGUGGCUUUGACCCAAAUAUCCGAGACAGCAGAGGCAGAACAGGCCUGCACCUCGCCGCAGCCCGAGGGAACGUGGACAUCUGCCAGCUGCUACAUAAGUUUGGUGCUGAUCCACUGGCCACGGAUUAUCAGGGGAACACAGCCCUCCACCUGUGUGGCCAUGUGGACACCAUCCAGUUCUUAGUUUCCAACGGGCUCAAAAUUGAUAUUUGCAAUCAUCAAGGUGCUACCCCUUUAGUUCUGGCAAAGCGCCGGGGUGUGAAUAAAGAUGUCAUCCGACUGCUGGAGUCUUUGGAAGAACAGGAAGUAAAAGGAUUUAACAGAGGCACACACUCGAAAUUGGAGACCAUGCAGACGGCGGAGAGCGAAAGUGCCAUGGAAAGCCAUUCACUGCUCAACCCCAAUCUCCAGCAAGGCGAAGGAGUCCUGUCCAGCUUCCGGACUACGUGGCAGGAAUUUGUGGAGGACCUGGGUUUCUGGAGGGUCUUGCUCUUGAUCUUGGUCAUUGCUUUGCUUUCUCUGGGCAUUGCCUACUACGUGAGUGGGGUGCUGCCCUUUGUGGAUAACCAGCCUGGGCUGGUGCACUGAGGGCUCUCGGACGUAAGGCAAGGGGCAGCUGGUGUGGCUUUUCAGUUCUUAGACCAUUUGUUAGCACAAGGCAGUGAGGCCUGUCCGUGUUUAGGACUUUUAUUUACUGUGACGCUUACAGAAGAAUGAUGUCCCCUCUGAACUUCACCCUGUAGUUGGCUAUACUGCGUCCUGAUGCCACCCUCUGACGCAGCCGGGUCCAAGGAAGAAUUCUCCAGGCUUGUGUGACCCAAGUGUGGUGGACACUGAAGGUAGAGGCUUGGGAGGCCUCAGAGCGGGGCCUGACCUUGAUGGAGGAGCAGUGGCCAUCUAGGAUUCCAUUCGCUAGUGGCUUUGUUUUUUUGUUGUUUUUUUUUUUUUUAAUUUACUUUCCUGGCAAGAGGAGGGAGAGAAAACUUUCAACUUAAAUUUUAAUUUCUUUUACAAUCUGUAUGACAAAUUAGAACUGUUAGAAACUUUGACUUUAAAAGUUCAGGUUACUCAGACAGUAGACAGGUUUAGGAAGUUUUUUCGUUAGCAUGGAUUGACUUGAUCAAUGUUUAGCGCCAUGGAGCGAUUUUGAUUCAUUCUAAACUGAUUGCAGUGUCUGAGAAUCAACUCUUUGAGGAGUUCAGCUCACUCUUCAGUCCCUCCCAUUGUUACUUUUGAGAUGUCCCAUUCAGAAAAACACCAGGAAACCCUUUGUAGUGAAUAGUUGUUAGAGAAAGAGUGCUCUCCUUCAUUAUCACCAAACUCGGGAGUGCCGACAAGCCAGCUGUGUCAUGGGCACACCACAGUUAACCCUGGGUCUGAACCCGUCUAAGUCAGCAGGAGCCCAGCCGUUGGGGUAGGGGGUGUAUUUCUGAGUAAAGAGCCCUGAACAGUACCGUGCUGCUGCUACGGUGUCUUCCCGUGUCCAGGUGCAUUAUAUGAAUAGAACGCAGCUUCCCUGCAGUGUCUGAAAGCCCUCUUUGGUCCUGUGGUAUAGAAAUCACGUAAUUUUUGUUUGUGUUUGUUUUUAUAUUACAGAGCAUGGAGGCUUAAUAAUUGAGUAAAAUCUGAAACUUGCAGUGAAGAGCUAACAGUUCUCUUUUCUAUAGCAAAGGUACCCCUAGCUGACUGUCCUUCUACAAGCCUCUCGCUCACUGACAUUUUCUCCUCUGCUUCCAGAUACCCAGUACUGACACUCUUUUCUUUCAUGCGGCUUUACCCUGUCUGAAGGAACUGUUUACAGCUCCUUACUGGCUGCUUCAGAAUCCGCCUGCAGUGUCUUGCUUUUAACUAAUCAUGUUUGGUGAAUGCAAGGGGGAAACAGUCUUUUGCUUUUGCACGGAGAACACUAGAAUUCAAGUUCAAAGUGUGUUCAGAAUGAGUGCUGUGGAAUUCGCUUCCCCUCUGUAAAUCAGACUGUGUGAUGUAAUACUCUGCCUCUAAGAUCCUUGCUUCCUGCCCAGCCCUGGUUUCUGUGCAUCAUGUGCUCAACAUUGUUCAUUUAACUGCUUCCAAUAAAUGCAUUUAUAAAUCUUUCA